CUUGCUUUUACUUCAAUAUUAACUUCGAUCUUCGUACAAUAUUUAAUACCAUUCCCUUGCAAUAUUUCACUUCUUUGUAUGAGUUUCAUCCUUGUUUGAAUCUUGCAACUGUGCGCCAUCAACGUUCUUCUAGAAUACUCCAACUUCCAAACGAUCACCCACCUCGUCAGUGCUCAAUUUAUUUCAGUUGAGAUCUUCCACAACGCCCUCGGAGUUGACCUUGAGACCUUGUUCAUCAAUCGCUGGGCCAGUAAAUUAUACCUGCAUAUAUACAACAAUGACCACUGAAAAUGCCGAUACAACAUCUGAACGGCACGAGCCAGGAAUAUACGUGGCUCUCACUCGCAAUGUCCUCGAUCCCAAGUCGAUCAUGGACCGUGUAAGAAGCCCAGAAGCAGGAGCAAUCGUUUUGUUCGCAGGCACAACAAGAGACACGUUCGGCGCCCGCCCCGUAUUUGACUUAACCUACCAAUCUUACGUCCCCCUCGCCCUCACCACGCUGAACUCCAUCGCUUCCUCUAUCCGCCAGAAGCACAGCCUAAAGGCUAUCGCCGUCGUGCACCGCCUCGGGCCCGUCCCCAUCGGCGAAGAGAGCAUUUUGAUCGCCGUGUCGUCGCCGCACAGGCAGGCCGCGUGGCGGGCUGGCGAGGAGUGCCUUGAGGAGGUCAAGGCAAGGGCCGAGAUCUGGAAGCUGGAGAGGUUCGUCGGGGAUGAAGAGGGAGGCGUGUGGAGGGCGAACCGGGACGGGGUUCUGGGGGAGUGGGUGCCGCCAGCUGGGAGCAGCGGUGUUGUGGAGGGAAAAGAGGAGCAGAAGGUGGUUCCGGAAACGAUGGGCCCGGUCAUUAGGGCGAGGAGACCGGGUGAGAGAGGCCAUGGCCCGGUGGUCAAUCCAAAACCUCAUGUGCCGCCUGGAGCCUGAAUUAUGUUUGACAGACACAUCAAACUGUCACAUACACGCGCGCACGCACACACCGAAGACGAUAUGGAAAAGGAAUGGCUUUAUUCUGCCACAUGGCAUUCAUUUACUCAUAUUUGUAUCUGCUAUCUAAGUAUGUACUGCUUCCCCAAAUCCUCC